AUGCACGGCUUAUUUGAAGUCACAAGCGGCAUAUACCAAGUGCGCGGGUUCGAUUUGGCAAAUAUGACACUCGUGGAAGGUGAGCGCGGGGUGCUCGUUGUUGAUCCUCUUACUUCUGUGGAAUGCGCAAAAGCAGCUCUUGGUCUUUACAGACAACAUCGAGGCGACAGGAAAGUCACAGGUGUGAUUUAUUCUCACUCGCAUGUUGAUCAUUUCGGUGGCGCGCAAGGUGUCAUUCCGAAUGACAUAUCGGAGAGUAGUGCAAUGAUCCCCAUCAUCGCCCCGCAGGGGUUCAUGGAAGAAGCUACAAGCGAGAACAUCUACGUGGGCCCUGCAAUGAGCCGACGUGCUGUUUACAUGUAUGGUACACGACUGCCCCAAGGUCCGACAGGACAGGUGGGAUGCGGAAUCGGCUCUGCAGUAUCUACCGGAACGAGGUCUCUGAUCCCUCCGAAUGACCUCAUCUUGAAUACGGGGGAAGAGAGAACAAUUGAUGGCAUCCAUAUAGAGUUUCAGCUUGUUCCAGAAACCGAAGCACCUGCCGAAAUGAACUUUUUUUUCACGAAGCAUCGUGCCCUGUGUAUUGCUGAGUGUGCUACGCACAGUCUGCACAACGUAAUUACGUUGCGUGGCGCCUUGGUGAGAGAUGCAAAGGCCUGGGCUAAAUACCUCGAUGAGUCGUUGGUGCUAUACGGAGAACGAACAGACGUUCUUUUCUCAGGCCACAAUUGGCCGACAUGGGGUCAACAAGAGUGCAGCCGACUGAUAGCCGAACAGAGGGAUCUAUAUGCGUAUCUGCAUGACCAGACAGUGCGGAUGAUGAAUAUGGGCAUGACGGGGAUUGAGAUUGCAGAGAUGCUGACACUUCCCGAGGCUCUGCAAAAGGCGUGGCAUACGCAAGGGUUUUACGGGUCGGUGAGCCAUAAUGUCAAAGGGAUUUAUCAGCGUUAUAUGGGCUGGUUCGAUGGGAACCCGGCUCAUUUAUGGGAGUAUCCCCCACGGGAAAAUGCUAGCCGGUAUGUUGCCUGUAUGGGAGGGAUUGAUGAGGUCGUUCGGAAGGCCGAAAAGUACAUUUCGGAAGGCGAUUUGCGGUUUGCAGCGACGUUGUUGGGUCACGCCAUAGCAGCGGAUUGCCAACAUGAAAAGACCAGAAUCUCUUUAGCCCAUGUGUUUGAGCAGCUUGGAUUUGGCGCGGAGAACUCGACAUGGCGCAAUUUCUACCUUUCGGAGGCUCAGAACCUUCGAGCGCCGUAUGAUUAUAGCAGAUCUCAACGGCAAAUUGGUCAAGGAUUUAGUAGAAGCCAGUCAGUUGAGCAAUGGUGGGCCUUACUAUCAGUUCAGUUAGACGGACCAAAGGUCGAAGGUGAAAAGUUCAUUAUCGAUGUUCAGAUAAGUGAUGAAAAGGAAUGGAGAUUAAUCAUGAGCAAUGGAGCUUUGACCUAUAGGCCAAAGACUACGACAUGUGUUGGGGAGACUGCCGGUCUCGUCGUUUUCGUGGAUAAGGAUUCUUUGUGCCGAAUUUUGAAUAGACGAGCAGAUUUGGACAUGCUAAGUUGUCAAGGUGAUCAAGAGAUGUUGUUAAAGCUACUUGCCGCAACGGUGCCUUUGACAGAGAGCAGAUAA